CGCCUGUCCGUCAGGCGGCUGAAGCGUUAGGGGGCGGCAGCGGCCAUUUUGGAGGAGAGCGCGGGGCCGGAGGGAGCGCGGAGGCCUCCCCUGCCAUGGCAGCCCCGCUCGGUACCGGCGCCCACGCGGAGGAGACAGGGCAGGAGAAACAGGACACACAAGAGAAGGAAACCAUCACCCCUGAGAGAGCAGAAGAGGCGAAACUGAAGGCUAAAUACCCCAACCUAGGCCAGAAGCCUGGAGGCUCCGACUUCCUCAUGAAGAGACUGCAGAAAGGGCAAAAAUACUUUGAUUCUGGUGACUACAACAUGGCCAAGGCAAAGAUGAAGAACAAGCAGUUGCCAAGUGUGGGGCCAGACAAGAACCUGGUGACAGGAGACCACAUCCCCACACCUCAGGACCUCCCGCAGAGAAAAUCCUCCCUUGUGACCAGCAAGCUGGCAGGGUAGCCUGCAUUCAUGGGCUGGGCUCUUUCCUAUUUUCUUUUUUCCUUUUGGCUAAAUGGAUUGAACUUACUGUACCAUAGGGACGGGAGCACCAGAAUCCACAUAGUUAUUUGAGUAUUUACAGUGAACACACCAAAACCAAGAAGGCGAGAGAGAGGAGUCAGUAGCCUGGGAUACACAGGCAGAUUUGAUUGGGCUGAUCCUUUUAGCGAGUUGGUUUGCUGCCUUAAUUUUCACAUUGUUUGAAACCAUCCUCGCUUGCAGAGCCACUGAAGCACUGCCUCCUUGCUGGGAGAGUCAAGCAUCCCUGGGAGAAACUGCUGUUUGCUUGGCACCGAGUGGGAGGGGGGAGCUCAGGGCUGUGGCAUGUGAAUGCUUUUCAGGCACCGGGUGUCUGCAGAGGAAGAACUGGCUGGGCAAAACAUGCGAUACGUGAUUUGGAAGUUUAGUUAGGUGUGUGUGUUAGAGCUUUUACGUGAAGAAAUUAGCUGAUACGCAAACAAUUCUGUGGCUCUGUUGCUGGGAUAAGCUGCCUGGAAUCUGUCCCCUGUUUCUGCAAAGCAGCUGAACACGGAGGAGGGGAUGAUGCGUCCAGUGGCUGUGGGAGAGAGGCCAGGCAGUGUUUGUAAUGGUCCUGGUGGCUUGGAGCUGCGACAAGGCGUUCUGGGGGUAUCUGAGUGUGGCUGUGCUGGAGGGCUGCAGUGUGAGGCUCGCAGCUGCCCCAGAGGGUUUGGGGCAGCUUCUCUCUCCCUGGUCAGUUCUGGCUGGCGAGACUGCCUGCCUUGGCAAGGGUGACAGAUGGCUCCCCUCCCAGUAGGCAGCAAAAGGUGGUGAGCUGAAUCCCGCUGGCAGCAGGGUGCUCGGGACACAGGGGAAAGUGGCCAAGUGGGCAGAGCCGUCUGGUCGCAUGCAGCCCCUGCCUGAUGCCCACUUUGGCGCUUGUAAAGCAGGGACUGGAAGCAGCCGAUAAGAUGGAUGUGAGCUGUUGGAGCUGAUCUCUGGAGAGAGAGAGGCAGGAAUGGGAAUAACCACCCUGGAAGGGUAAAAAGCACUAGACAGACACAGAGAGCAUGGAGAUUAGGAAGAGAGGAGCAUAGAGGCGAGGCAAACCUGUGUUGAUAGUGUCAGGCACCCCAAGCUUGGAUUUCUUUCUCCCUUUUUUUUCCCUCUUGCCUUUUCUUUGUUCCAGGCCUGAAAAAAACCCAAACCAAAAAUAAAAAAAAACCCAAACACUCCUCCCCUCUCCCGCAAAGGUUGGUGUGAUGGCUGCAGCCUGCAAAACCAUGUGUGUGCUCAGUGCAUGUACUCUCCGCUCCUCAUGCAGUGGUGAUGAAGCAACCUCCCAUCCUGUCAAAAGAUUUUGGCAUGCCUGUGCCAGGGCAGCGUUGAACCUGCCUGGUUUAGACCUGGUUUUGAAGGCACGUGGGCAAAAGGAAGUUGAGUGGAUGUCUUUUCUUUUUUCCUCUUUUUUUUUUUUUUUCUUUUUUUUCUCUUUGAGAUUCCCACCAGGUCAGGAGAAACCAAGACAGGGAGGCAACAGGCGAUGCUCUGCAUGGGUUCAGCUUUCCUUAUGUGUGUUCUUGGCUGGAUGACUCAGACUUUUGCUUUCAUUCUGCUGGCUGGAGCAAGAAACGUGGUGUUUCCUGGGACAGUGUUUGCUGAGGGUGUGCUGGAAUGUUUGUGUCUGCCUUUGGGUGGUUCGGAGCAACCCAGCUGUGGCUCCACUCAUCAGGGCACCAUGAGCCAGGGGCUCUGUUGUUGGCCCCGUGGCUGUGGAGGAUGGUUUUCUCUUUGUGGAGCCGGCAAGGAGUGUAGCGGGAUUGGGAGCUGCCACUUGUAACCAUGGGUCCAUGCUUCGGUCUCCGUCGUAUUUCCCUGUAUGACCUGGCAGGGGGCAGCACUGGCAGUGGCUGUGCAACCUCCUUGGAUGUUCUGCUGUCUGUCCUAGCCAUGUUGUAAAUAGAUAUGAAUCAUAUAUAUAAAAAUAUAUAUAAUUUUUUACAUGUUCA